UUUCUUUUGUCACGAAAACCGACUCUGAUGACAUCCCUACCUUUCCCGCCAGUCACUCCCGCAACGACAUCCACGUCUGAUACAACCGUAGCCACUUUAGUAUUGAAAGAUGGAACUAGCUAUCAGGGUUUUUCUUUUGGUGCCGAAACACACUCUGUUGCCGGCGAAUGCGUCUUCCAAACUGGCAUGGUAGGCUAUCCAGAAUCCUUGACCGAUCCUUCUUAUCACGGUCAAAUUCUCGUUUUGACAUUUCCCCUCAUCGGAAAUUAUGGUGUUCCAUCACGGGAUGACAUGGAUCCUAUCCUCAAAGAUAUCCCAAGAUAUUUUGAAUCUUCAAAUAUUCACGUUGCUGCUCUUGUGGUCGGACAAUACUCUUCCUACUAUUCACAUUAUCUCGCCCAUUCAUCAUUGGGAGACUGGCUGAAAACGAACGAUAUCCCAGCUAUUUAUGGGGUAGAUACCAGAGCUCUCACGAAAAAAAUUCGUAUUAACGGUGUAAUGUUGGGCAAAAUUUUAUUUCCAAAAGAAAGCGUGACUGGAUCACCGUCAUCAUCUGUUAAUAAGGUUCAUGUUGACGGGUUUAUGAAAUUAACAUCAAUUUCUGCUGAAUCUAGUCUAAUGGAUCACAUUGAAGAUGAACUAGUAAUAUCUUCAACUUGGAUGGACAAAUAUCAAGAUGCAGAUUGGGUUGACCCAAACGAAAAAAAUCUCGUUGCUGAAGUUUCAAUAAAGACACCUAAAUUAUAUACACCAGAUCCUAAGAAAGCUAUCAAAGGUGCUAAUAGUAAAACUUUGAAAAUUUUGGCAUUAGACGUUGGCAUGAAAUAUAAUCAAAUUCGUUGCUUUAUAAAUCGUGGCGUAGAACUCAAAAUCGUGCCAUGGAACUAUGACUUUCUCAACGAAACUGAUUAUGAUGGAUUAUUUAUCAGGCAUUUAUGA